AAGUAAAGACCUCAAGUCACAAAGCUUCUUACAUGUCACGAUGCCGACUUGUGUGUUUUUGUUUCUCUGUCUGUUUGGUCAAAUACUGGCUAAAAAACCUCCUGAUGUGAGUUGUCUAGUGAUUAACCUGGAAUCUAUUCGCUGUAUGUGGAACCUGCAGGGGACUCCAGAAGUCAACUACACCUUUUAUAGCAGGUCUGGAAGUCAGAAAGCAAAUGUCUGUGCUGAAUACCUGUUGGAGAAAGGAACAAAUAUAGGAUGUACACUUCCCUACAACAAUCAGCAGAGAUUCAACUCAUUUUACACUAAACUGUGGGACGGCAACAGGACCGUCACACCUCUAGAUCGUGUUCCAGAGAUAAACCAUGAUCUUAGAAGAAAAGUGAAAUUAAACCCACCAACCAACCUGACAGUAAUGAAUGGAUCCGACAUGAACCUGUGGUUUUACUGGAACCACACUAUAAAAUCUUGUCUGGAGAAUGAAGUACGAAUUAGGAAAAACAACAACAACUGGGAGAUUCAACCAGUUUAUCCUGGGCCAAUGAGUUACUGCCAAAACUUACCCUCCAGCACUGCCAGAUAUGAGCUGCAGGUCAGAGUCAGAUUCAAAAACUACUGUGGGCAGUCUGACUUCUGGAGUGACUGGAGUGAGCCUGUGGUCUGGGGAUUCAAUAACACCACAGUCUCAAAUAUUAAAAAUGAGACAAUGCCAGUGUGGACAGCAGUGCUGUAUGUGGUGAGUGCCAUCACCCUCAUUCUUCUGGUUGUGAUCCUACUGCAUAAUGAACGGAUCAAAAUCAUCCUGAUUCCUCCACUUCCCAAACCAGCUCUGAACUCUCCUGAUGUCGAGGAUUGGUUUCAUUUCUCUAAAGGCCUUAUUAAAGAAAGGUUUAACACCAACUUCAAUGAGCGAGCCUGCACCGUGCGUGAGUACCAGCCGGUCUCUCGGUCCGACAGCAAUGGCUCUGACAGCUCUCGCCUCACCACCAGCACGGAUCAAACCGACUGCUCUAUCCCCAUCGCAAUGAACGAACCAGAGGACACGUCUGCUCCUUUUUACACCACCGUAAUUGCUUCGGAAGAAGAGCAGCAGGUUUCUGUGUAAAUGUCACCUCAGGCAAAUUUAUAUCUCAAAGUAAAAAAAAAAAUAAAAAAAAUCUUUCUUUUUAUCUCCAGGAUUACUGGAAGAAUAUGUGUAGGAUGUCUAUUAGGGAAAUGGAUGGAAAUAAGAACAUUGAAAACAAUUAGAAAUCAAUAAAUAAAAUAGGGAUCAAGAUUCUAAACUCCAUACUCAAUAUUUCAGGGAUUUGUUAUUCGCCUUCAAUUAUAUUAUAUUAAGUUUGGUUUGGUUAUUGAGUUUUUCAAUACUUUUUAUAUUACAUAGAUAAAAUUAGCUAGACCACACUGUUAAGAGUGUUCUUUUACUUAUUGCUUAAUUUCUGUCUUAUAUAAUUUUUUUUCCAUGCAAGGUAUAUUAAGGAUCUGAAUUUUCAACAUUUUGUUUUGAAAUUUUUAAUAACAGUUAUUAACAUUGAUCUGUAUGUAGGACUUCAGUAGCUUUGUAUAAACAUGUUACGUAUAAGUACUAUAUAUUUUUACCACUGCGACAGACUGGCGACCCAGGGUGACCCCGCCUCUCGCCCUGAACGCAGCUGGAGAGGCACCAGCAACCCUCCCGACCCCAUUAGGACAAGGGUGAAUAGAAAAUGGAUGGAGGGAUGGAUAUUUUUACCAAGUUACCUAUAUUGAUCUAUGGAAUAUUGUGAAAUAUUUUCUAUACCAGUGGAUUUUCAAACCAUGUAAUUUUUUAGGAGUGCAUAGCUGACCUGUAGAUUUUAAAGAUUUUACAAGAACAGAUUAAACUUGUCUGUAACUGACUAUUCGGCAGUAUUAUUUUGCAUAAAAAUGUUUUAUAGCUGACAGGCUUGCAGGCCUCAGACUUGCAUAACAAACACCGUCAUUGUUAUACAAUUGGCACUGUAUUGCUAUCACUUCACCAAAUUUUAUUCCAGUGGUUUCUGUUUGAAUGUCACAUUAAUGUAAUCUUUUGACUUCUGUCUUGGUUUGUAUGUUUAAUAUCAAGAUUAAAGUUUGGUAUUUGAUUAUGA